AUGAUCGUUGAUAUCAAGCGGUUUACGAAACGGGCGGCCAUUGAUCUCGUAGAUCAAGAAGAGGCAGCAGCGGACGACAUCGAAGAGCGACCUGACAUGAUGGCAUCCUUUACCGACUCAGUCGCAAGCGAAGUUCUGGACGAAUUCAACUACGGCAACGAAGCCACCGCUGAUGACGAAGUCUUCCAGAGGCAGAUGAGAGCCACGGCCAAGGCCUGCCUUCGAUCCCUCCACGCCAUUCUCAAGCACAAGUGGGUGAGGCUGGAUCCUCUUCUAGAAGGCAUGAAGGAGGACCUGCUUAGGAUGCUGGUCAGCUGCAGCGUCGCAGGCACCCAGGCUCUGUCUCCGAGGCUGGUCGUACUGAGGCACGUGUCCGGCGUCCUGGGAAACCUCUCGAGAGUUAUCGUGGCCUCCUCCAGCGACGAGGGAGGGCCACCGAGAUGGAAAUCUAGGAUCACGUUGUUCGAUGCCUUGAAACGCCUGGCAUGUGUAGACGAUCAGCGCCUCGCCUUCAGGACCAGCGCCAUCCUCUAUGGCCUCACCCGCAAGCGUGACUACGUGAACAUUCUUCCGGACUUGAGGGGUUUGGGUGACGUCAUCUUCAAGCUUUUUCGGUCCGGGGUACCGCAGACGCAGAACUACUGCUUGCAGGCCUUCUGUAACAUGGCGCACAACAAAGAUUUCGCCGCUUCCAUCGCUAGCGAUCCUGACCUGAUGGAGGGUUUCAUCGUGGGGUGCAUGGUCCAUACAAACAGCUCAUACAUGAAGGAGAUGUCUUCAGAGGUGCUGUACUACCUCAUCUCCAACCCAAGCACGAGGCUAACGGCUCUGAAAGGCCAAGGGCUGUGGGCGCUAGUCCAGCUGGCGGACGCGAACGGCAGUACCGUGUCCAUGCGACUGGCCCUCCUGGCCCUCUUCAACCUCGCAUGCGAUCUACGAGAGAACGCUAGAUGGCUGAACGAAAACACUGUGGCAGCCGUGUUGGAUUUCGACGACGAGGUGCUAGGCGCACCGGCCUUCACCGGCCUGCUCUACCUCGCGUCCACUCACCAUCGCCGCCUCAGUCAGAUGCUCAUAUCAACGAGAAUGGCUCUAGAGGCGAGGGUGAAGAUCGAAGGUGCCAAGUUUCUCAAGAGGGACAGAGCCCUGGAAGAAGACAAAAAGUUCAUGGCUCGGACAACAGCAGCAUUGAAGCCAGGCGACGACGAAGGAAACGACAGCUCAUCGGAAGAGGAAAACGCGACGGACAGGCAGAGAAGCUUCUCCAAGUCUAAGUACUUCGGUUACAAGCAGCAGGGCCGCCUCCGACGCACCUUUGUGGCGUCGCACCUCAUGCCCACACUGGCAACGGUGUACAACUUGUGCUGCAAGAGUGGCAAGGCCACCAAGCUUUUCUUCCGAAAAAACAUCCCGGAGGCGGUGACGGGCCUACUUGAAGAGAUGCGCAAGGCACAAGAUGAGACCUACUACCACCCCCAGGUGGAGAUAAUGUGCGUGGCCGUGCUAAGCACGAUGAUAGAAAACGCGGCUCUGGUUCCCAAGCUCAUCGAGAGGCACGUUACGCCAGCCAUCACGCAGGGCCUGGACUCGCGAAUAGUGGCCGUACGGCUGGCUUCGCUGUGGUCUCUCCUGCUGCUAGGUAUUCCUGGCUCGGGGAAUAACGACGACACCACCACCGCUGCCCCUGCUUCUGCUGGAAAAGACCACGCCGGCGGGGGGACGCAAGUGCGGAUGUGGAUGUUGUUCUGCAGGGAGGCGGUCGUCGAGUGCAAGGCUGUUUCGGCCCUAUGGACGCUGUGGGAGAGCACGGCGGCGACCCUCGAGGCUGGGGCUCGAGAGCACAUGCGCUACGCGAUCUCGACGGUCACUAGAAUCUUCUUCAUGGACAAGGUGGCGGCUUCUGCGGCAGUCAAGCAGAGGGGUGCAGAGCUUCUGGCCUUGACGAUGGACUUCUCGGCGGAUUCGAGAGCCGUUUCGGCGUUAUCUCUCGUUGGCGAGGACGACUCGGACUACGACGAGACCUCUUCCGCGCUUGUAAAGGUGUCGGCGCUCUGCUGCGCGGUGGUCACAGUGCACUUGCCAGACAUGCCGGCCAAAGCGGUGCAAUCGGUGUGCGAGGGCUGCCUGGACGUGUUCCUGAAAGUUCUUCCGACCGAGGAACACGAGGUUCGAGACCUGUGCUCCUUGGCCAUGAGGUGCCUCUCGGGGAACGAAGAAUUGCUCCUCGAUCUAUUGUCGGACCCCAGGUUCACGACGGUCCUUAAGGUGCUCCUGGAGGAAGCUACUUCUGUCGGAGGGAUGCACAUCGAAGCCGUGCUGAAGAGAGUCGUGGUGCUGUCCGCCGUCCCCGGUGUGGCCGACCUCUCCCCGGCCCUUCUCAACCUCACCGACUACGUCUUCCAGCGGAGGGCUGGGGGGUCUUCUCGGGCUCCUACUAAGUUGACUUUUUCUGCCGCCCCUCCUAAAGUAGGGGGGCGUGCGGCUAGUGGUAGGGCGGCAUCACAGUCUACCAACGGAUCGGUGUCGAGCACGAGGGGCGCCGGAGUACGGGGUAGUAAAGCCGCCAUGAAUUCAGUGAGUGGCCAGGGCAUCCAGAGUUGGUUUGAAGCGGGAUCUAUCUGGGGGCGUACUCGAGAGGUACCGAGUCUGAGAGCUCGGGCUUGA